CUGUUAUAAUUACUACAUGCAAAUGAGUGAAUGUAUAAUGAGUAUCGAAUGCCAUGACCAGUCGUGUCUGACAAAAUGUGCGAUUCAUAGCGUAAUCAGUUCUGUAAGACAUUGGAAAUAUUUGAAUGACCUAUGCCCCUUUUGUUGCGGUAUCUAGUCCACUUGGACGGCUCUUCGUUUCUCCUUCUGAAGUCUUCAUGAUACUUAAACUUAUUUACAUCGUGAAUUCUAAAGGGAUACUUCAAGUAUGAAUUGUCUGACUAGCAACAGUGAAAUUGUGUUGUCAACAGCUAUGGGCCCUUCUAUGACACUUCGAGAGCAGGAACGUCGAGGAACUAGCUUGCUGGGGACGGUCUUCUUGAUAAUAAAUUCAACUCUUGGAGCAGGACUUUUAAACUUCCCUCAGGCCUUUGACAAGUCUGGUGGCAUUGCCACGGCUAUCAUUAUUCAGUUCGCUUUCCUGGUGAUUAUUACUGCCACUUUGAUUAUUUUAGCAAAUUGCAGCAACAUUACAAACACCGUAACUGUGCAAAAUGUACUGGCAGAGCUUUGUGGGGCUAAAUAUUUGACACUGUGCAGCCUGUGUGUCAUAAUUUACAGUUUCGGUUGCUGUAUUACGUUCUUGAUUAUUAUUGGCGACCAAUUCGACAGGGUCUUCGCAACUUUCUAUGGGGCAAACUUCUGUCAUUAUUGGUAUCUGUCCAGACCCUUUGUUAUAAGUUUAACAUGUGUUGCGUUCAUUCUACCAUUAUGCUUCUUCAAGCGACUGGACAUGUUAAGUUCUACGAGUUGCCUUGGGUGUGGAACUAUUGUUUAUGUUACUACAUUAAUAAUUUAUCAGUAUUUUGCACUUGAUAACACUCCGAAGUCUAUGAAAAUCUGGCCCGAGAUGGGUACCGAGGCUCUUCAAAUUGUUCCAAUUAUAUGCUUUGCAUAUCAGAGCCACAUGACUGCAAUACCUACAUAUAGUUGCAUGAAGAAUCGUCAAGUUGGAAGGUUUGGAGUUUGCGCAAUAAUAAGUAUGAUCAUCUGCUUCUUGGUAUACAGUGUGGUGGGAAUUUUUGGUUAUGCAACUUUUGGUAUCGGCAAAGUACCUAGUGACAUACUUCAAGGAUAUACAGAUAAAAGUGCAGUAUUGACGAUUGCAAUCAUCUCAGUGGCUAUUAAGAAUUUCACCACAUAUCCAAUCGUAUUGCUCUGUGGUCGUGAAGCACUAUUCGGUCUAAUUAAAAGAGAUACAGAUGCAAACAAUACCGCCAGGAUUCUAUUCACAGUACUUUGGUUCUUUUCGUCCCUGGUUAUAGCAAUUCUCGUACCUGAUAUCGCUCCAGUAAUUAGUCUGUUGGGGUGCCUAUCGGCAGCAUUUAUUUUUCUCUUCCCAGGCAUUUGCCUUUUCCAAAGCACUCUUUUGAAAGACCCAGAACUAUUUUUGAACAAGGAUAAACUUUUAAUAGGAAUCUCAAUAUUUAUCAUUGCUCUCGGUGCAUUUGUGUGUGGUGUAGUCCUGAUGGAAGCUUUCAACGACUUAAGCUCAACCCCAUCAAAACCUCGACUAAUCACUGGCUUCCGAAUAAACCUCAAAGAAAGUCUAUGCAUUUAAGUACAGGAUGUAUCUUUUAAUACACCGAA